UUCCCGGGACGAAGCGGUCUGAGGACAUGACUUGUUGAGCGACCGGUGUGGGUUAUUUUUUUAUUUUAUAAACGUCCAGUGAUUAAACCAAUGCUCAGUUGUCACAAUGUUUGCUUGUAAUCGGAGCCUGACCACCACCAUGAUCUCUGCUCUCCGGGUUCUUCGCACGAAUCAAGUUGUUGUUGUUCCUGGCCACCUGCCGAGAUGUCUGUCCACGCAAACAGACGGGGAGGUCCGCAUCGCAAAGGUGCUGAAGGAGAAGUUCCCGCUAGCCUCGUCUCUCAAAGUCGUGGAUAUAUCAGGUGGCUGUGGAGCCAUGUACGAGGUCCACAUAGAAUCCAGUGAGUUCAAAGGAAAAAGGACCGUUCAGCAGCACCAGUUAGUCAACCAGGCACUCAAGGACGAGAUUCAAGGAAUGCACGGACUGCGAAUAUUCACCGAAGUCCCAAAACAUUAGAGAGAAUCAUUUCACUGUUGUUCCACAUCCAGCCUUUUCCUUUGUUCACCCUAUCUAUUACGAAUGUACAGUUGUGAAGAAGAUAUUGUAUCAUGAAUGGAUUUCAUGAUAAGUGUCAAUGUGCCAGUGGCAGAAAUGCAAUGGGACGUUAUCUAUGGCAGUUACACACUGACGGUGUGAAAUGUGUGAUACUGGUAAGAUUACAAUAAGUUAUCCUUUUUUUUUUUCUUUUUUUUUUAAAUCAGCGAGAUUUCUUCGACUUUGAGAUAAUAUAUAAAACCAAUAAAGGCUAUGAUACGCACAAAAUGACUUGGUAAAUGUUAGCCAAAUACCAAGUCAUGGAAGUUUCUGCCCAGUUUGGGGUCUUCUCAGGGUUGGUAGUGAUGCUGGUGUAACGACCUGUCCAGAAAAUAAUGAAUACAGUCAGGAGAGUUGGUGGAGAACAACUACGGACCCCUUAAGAAAAUGUGAGAAAGCAGUCCGUCUGUGGAGCACUAGUUUGCAGAGUCGCUGUCUUCGAGUCUACAGUUUGUGUUACUGUCCUGUGACCGAUGAACAUUGGACUGUACAUGGAUCUUGUGUUCAUUUUACCGAUGCAUUGAUAAUGUAAGUCGCAAUAAAAGGCAGUUGCUUGACUUGAUUGA